AUGAGGUCACUGAGUGUUGCCGCACUCAGGAUCACUCCUAAACUCAACAACCUCGAUAUCAUGGGGGAAAGUGAAAAGUAUGGCGUACAGGCCUACUACUCACCGGCCUUGCGAUCACUGAACGCAUUCCGAUCAGAAACUGUGCGCUUCUAUGGACUCUGUGGGCUCUGCAUAUCGUUCCUCUUCUUCUUCUGCACAAUGCAUGGAGGGCCGCGUAUCUACGGGUCAUUACAAUCAACCAUCUCAGAUAUUACGAACACCACGCUUGGGUUCCAAAUGAUCUUUGUGCUGAAUAUUGCGUCACGACACGACAAGCGGGAUGCGGUAUCGAUGAGUGCUUCGGUAUCUAAUAUGGAUUUUGAGUGGUUAGAAGGUGUUGAUGGAGCGUUAAUUUCCAACAAAGCGAAACCACCAAAGCUGGAGGCGGGGCUUGAGAGGAGUAGCAACACCCUGGGGUGCUGGCGUGCCCACAUGAACGCCAUGCAGCACAUCGUGAAAGAGCGUAUAGAAUCCGCUCUGAUCAUGGAAGACGACGUGGAUUGGGACGUGAAUAUUCGCAAGCAGCUUCUCGAAUUCGCUAACGGGGCAAGGUUCGUCCAAGGCCCUGGAGGGGCGCGAGGAGAUUCCAACAGCCCAUAUGGAAAUGAUUGGGAUGUUCUCUGUUUGGGACAUUGCGGUACUGGCAACUUCAAUGAUGAGAAGCGCUGGUGGGUUACUCCCAAUGACCCUACAGCAGUGCCUCCAGAGCUGUACAAGUGGGGCAACGUACCCAACCUCAGCCCUCCGGCCUUGCGUGAAGGCAGGUUCAACCGCUAUAUCUAUUCUGCUACCGGAGGCAGAUGUCUUUGUGCCUACGCCGUCAGUCUCCGAGGCGCCAGGCUAUUUUUGAACACAGAGACACUGGCACUAGAACAAGCUCUUCCUGCGGAUCGUGGAAUGGCUCGAUUAUGCCAUGUUCGAAAGUUCGGGGCGAAAUGUAUCAGUCCUUAUCCUUCGAUUUUCGGAUCCCAUUUUGCAGCUGGGCCUAUGUCGAAAGACUCGGAUCGACAGACUAUUGCAGAAAUUUGGCGGAAGGUCGGAUUAACCCCACAUGUGGUGUUCUCAACCAGACUUCACUUGCAGAGAGCAUGA